AUUCCUGGCCUGCUUCUCAUAGAUACUCCGGGUCACAAAAAUUUUUCCAAUUUACGAGCAAGAGGAGCAUCAUAUUGUGAUCUGGCGGUGGUUGUAGUUGACAUCAUGCACGGGUUGGAGAGUGAGACCAUUGAAAGUAUAAAGUUGCUGCGGAAGCACAGGAUUCCUUUCCUCGUUGCUCUCAACAAGAUCGAUCGGCUGUACGGCUGGGAAUCACAUCCAUCCAUGACAGUCAAGGAGACCAUUGAAAUGCAGUCGGAGGCGGUCAAAAUAGAAUAUCAGAAGCUUUUCGAGUCUACCAUCUUACAACUGCAAGAGCAGCAGGGACUGAAUGCCAGCGUUUUCUUCGAGAACAGAAACAAUCGAACUGUUGUGAAUGUUGUGCCGACAUCAGGAUUGAGUGGGGAUGGCAUCGUCGACCUGCUCUACCUCCUUUUUUCACUCAGUGAAAAGAUGCUGAUCAACAAAAUCAAGUAUCAGGAUGAAGUUGAGUGCAAGGUCCUCGAUGUCAGGACGAUCGAUGGCUCAAGGACGGUUUUGGAUGCCAUUGUUGUGAACGGCAGGUUGAAGGAGAAGCAGAAGAUUUUAGUCGGGGGUCUGGACGGUCCAAUCAUCACUCAUGUACGGUCUCUCCUCACAACCAUAGCCCCUCGGGAUUCCAGGAGCAAGUUGAAUUACGCUCAGAAUGCGGAGGUAAAGGGUACGAUCAGCGUCAAGAUCUGCGCCAAUGGCAUAGAGAGGGCAGCUGCGGGGUCGAGACUCUACAUUAUCAAUGAUGAGCGUGAGGAAACAGCUCUGAAGGAGAAAGUGAUGAAAGACCUCGACCCCUUCAUCUCAAAGUUCAGGAGGGGUGGCGACGGAGUUCAUAUUCAGGCCAUGUCAUUUGGCUCACUAGAGGCCCUCUUCGACUUCCUUGACGGAGCUAACAACCAUCCCAUCCCUGUUUCCGGCGUCGGCAUCGGGCCGGUGAGCAAGUACAACGUGAAGAAGACCAGCAUUAUCCUCGAGAGAGAGAAGGAGAAUGCAAAGGCUUGCGACAAGGAGUAUGCGAAACUUGGCCGUUGGGUCUCCGGGAACCCGUUCUCCUCUUUCAAUGAGGCCUAUGCUUGCAUCCUUGCAUAUGAGGCGCCAGUCCUUCCUGAUGCUGAGAAAGCGGCAAAGGAGCUGGGGAUCCCCAUCGUUCGAUCUGACGCGCUGCUUCAACUCGUGGAAUCGGUGAACGCACGAGUGACGGAAGUGAAGCAAAAGAAGCAGACGAUGGCCGAUCAGAUGCUGAUGGAUGCUUGCACACAUGGAACCCCUGAGGUAUGCAUAUCAAAAUGA